AUGGCUAAUAUUAUCAAUGAAUCGAAGGAAUCAACGGUACCAGUAGUGCCUACGCCAGUGACAAUUACCACUGAAAUGGAAAACAAUAAGAAUUUGUCUUCUCAUGGAAAAUCAAAUAAUUCGAGAAGAGAAAGCAAUGGUUUUAAUGCUGUUAUUCAUCACAAGAGAGGACUAUUUGGUGCACUCAUUUCUGGAAUAGGCAGUAAUAUAUCGUUGCCAUCUUGCAUACCCCACGAUCAAGAUUUUUUACAAGGACACCCUCCGAAUUUAGGAUUACCUCUUCCACUUCGUACGAAUCAAAAAAAUCUGGAUCAAUAUCGUCCAGAUGAUGAUCUUAGAAAAUUACAUAGAACGAAUUAUUUACAAUUAACACCUGUUAAUACAGCUUGCGUAUCUUUAACUGCACUCGACAAUGAAAAAGCAAAAGCUCCAAUUUUAAAAGUCAAGCAAUCCACCUCGAAGGAUUCAAAAAAUAAAAAUUCAGGUGAAAUGAUAUCCACCAUAAGCAUGUUGUACGCUAAAUUAUUAAUAGUAAUCGGAAUAGCAUUACCAAUCACAGCAAGCAUAAGUCAUAAAGUACCAAUAAUUUUAAAUCAGGGUUUUUAUUUAUACCUUUACCUUGGAAGCGUUACUUUCGUGAUCACCAUGUACGCCAGCAUGUUGAAAGACAAAGCUGUAAAAAAGCUGAUAUUGCAGGGCAAAAGACAGGAAGAGACCUUUACCUUUGAUGAAAAGGGUGCACGCGUUCACACUAACCAGACGCAACAAUAUGGAAGCUUUUGUCUGAGAUUCGGUGCUGUAGGAUUUGGUGCCGGUUCAUUGGUAUUUACCGGAUUGCAAAUUGGGGCGGAAAUAGCUUCCGGGCCAUUCAGGGCGAUUACACCAGCCGCUAGAUUACUCCUGAUCACAGCUCAGAUGCACUUUAUAUUCCUUAACAGUAAAAAUCUUGAAUUGGCGAGAUUACGUGUUCUAGCUAAAUUAGGUCUUAUGCAUAUGAUCGCAACGAAUCUUUGCGAAUGGCUUCAGGCUCUUAUUGAAGAAACUCACAACGAAAUCGAUCAACUGGGUCACGUAUUCGAGGGUGAAGAAGGGAUGCUUAAAUCGCUUUUAAGAGAUGCCAGUCCUUUUUUAUUCCCAUGCACGAUCGAGUUCAGUUUAAUAUGUGCCGUAAUACUUUUUGAAAUGUGGAAAAGAACUGAUGAAAGAAUCGAAACUAAAGGUAUACGUUCUACCAGAUCUAUACAUCGAUUAAGUAUCGAUUGUAGCAGUGCUCACAGAGGCCUAUUUGGUGGAAUACUCUUAGUAGCAGCAACAAUUUUAAGUUUGAUCAUGUUCUUCGUACUAAGAGAAACAAAACAUAAAAUGGCAAUACAACAAGUAACAGCCUUAGAAGCUGCGAUCUUAUCAUUGGGUGUAAUAGCUUCGAUAUCCGGUGCUUUGAAGAUUCAACAUUUGAAUGAGAAAGAAAGUUCUAAGACACCAAGAUUAGAUUCAACCCUUUUAACAGCUGCCCAAUCUGGGGUUUACUUACAUUGUUUAUUUGGAAUAGUUGGUAGCUUUUUAACCAUGGGUCCUAUGUGGGUGUUGUCAAUGAUCACAGAUUUUUUAACGCUGGUACAAAGCACCUGUCAAACUUUACUCGUUAAAAUGGCAUGGAAACGACGUUGUACCACUGGAAAGGAAAAACCUGGUAAAGAAUUGAUCACAUUUUUGAUCGUUGUAAAUAUAGCAUUGUGGACAGUGAAUACUUUGGAAAAAUCUCGUGCAGGUGUACGACCAGAUCAUCUUCGUUUAUUCGGUGUCUGGGCUUGGACCAUUAUUACCCAUGUAUCCAUGCCACUUGCUAUCUUCUAUCGUUUUCAUUCAGCCAUUUGUUUAUUCGAAGUAUGGAAAAGUUGUUACAAGUACAGACCAUCUAAAGAAAAUUCUCGUAUUAUAUAAUAUAUU